GAACCGCUAAGUGUAUCCACACUGUUUGGGGAAAACCACUGAAAUGAUGCACCACCUCCGACAGCGGAUCUCAAUUAUAUAACGCUUCCCCGCUGCGGGCAGCGGAGCCGCUGCUGAAGCGAUGGCGAUGAUGUCUCAAGGGUCGAUUUCAGAGGACAAGGCCUAUGGGCACUCUGCCAGGGCGCAGAAAUGGCUCGAUCAGCUGUGCCAAGUGGAGUCUCGCAUGCUAAGCAAUUGGGAGGAGUUCUCGGUGCAUCGCAGCGAUGUGCAACACAGCUUGCGCGAACUCACCGAAGCCGUCCGCCGGAAGCAGGAGCCACACCUGGAAGGCGAGGUGGAGAAAUGCCAUCGACGCUUGCAGGAGCUCUCUCAAAGCAACGAGGAGGUGAUGUGCCGCCUGGGCGAUCUCAAAGCCACCGUAGAGAACGGACAGCAGUCCUUGGAAGGUUUGCGGUCACGCGUCUCCGUGAAGCUGCAAGAGAUUGCUGCUUCCUUUGAGGAGCAGAAGAAAGAGCUUUCGAGCGUCUCUCAAGAGCUGCUGGCGGAGAGUGCCACUGCAAAGCGGCAAAGCAAAGCAGUGGCGGAGGAGCUUCUCAGAAAGAUGGCCGAGCUCAAUCAAAAGCUUGGGGAGAACAUGGCCUCCGUGGAAGAGGAGUCAGUCUCGCGCUUCGAGGGUCUUCGAGAAGAAGUUCAAGGCCUUGCGAACAGACAGGCCAAAAAGUUCGAGGCCCAACUGGAGGAGAAGUGGCGCACGCUUCGCACGGAAAUGCGCUCGCAGCUGGACGAAGUGGCGGAAACCACGCGCGCCGAGCUGGCGCGCGUGAAAGGGCUUCAGGACUGCACGCACGAAAAGGUCCGGUUCGAAGCAGUGGCAGGUCGCGAGAGUGCCCAACGAAUCGAAGCACAGCUACAAGAGCUGCGCGCAGAGCGUUUGGAAAUGGAGGCACAAGGCAUGCAGAACGCUGAAUGGCUGAAACAAGAGAUUGCCAAGGUCAAGAAGGAUUUGGAAGAGAAAAUGGCCAGAAAGGAUGGUGAAAAGCUCGAAAGCGAGCUGAAAAAGUUGAUUGAACAAGUCCAAGAGGACAGUCUCAACUUCCAGUUCCAGUCAUUGCAACGCAAGCGAGACCGCGCCAAAGAAUUAAUCAAACAAAAGAAGUACGAAGAAGCAGAACACCUUCAAAAAGAAGUGUGGCAGCUGAACCUGAAGUUCAAGGAGGACGACUGGUUGAGAAUAGAGGCUGAGCACCAGUACGCGAGCACACUUAUGUUGCAGCGGAAGUUUACAGAGGCACUACAUCAUCAACAGAAAGUCGUGGAAGCGGCAGAAGACAAAUUCAAGGAUGAUCCGUUGACCUUGGAGGCCAUGUACAACCUGGCCUGCACACUGUGGCAUUUGAACAAAUUUGAUAAAAAAGCAAAAGAGUAUUUCGAGAAGGUCGUGCAGAAGUGCAAGCAUGCCAAGCAGGACGAUUUGGCCCAGCAGUGUCAGAAGCAUCUUGAAGCGAUCCGGGAUGGACAAAGCGCUGAAGGAUCGGGAGCUGAAGUUGCUCCUCGAGGUUCACAGAAAAGACAUGUGAUGCUGUCUGGUCGGUUCAAUGAUGACAAGACUAAAGCCUACAUGAAGAAAGUCAAGGUUGCUCUUGAGCAGCUAAACAUCGAUGUUUUCAUGGUGGAGAAGGGGAUCGGGGAAGAGUACGCCGCACCAACGAUGUUGGGAAUGUACAACGCAAAGGCCAUGGUGAUCUUCGGUACUGCUGAAUAUGGUGCCAAGACAGGAGUGCAAUAUGAGACGUACUUCGAGCUGCAAUAUGCGUAUCAGGAGAAGAUAUUCCUAAUUCCUUUGCGGUUGUGUAAGGAAUGGCCUCCCAAGCCUACCGACGCAGAUGGAGGACACCUUGGGGCGGCCCAAAAUUCAUUUGUUCUUCGUCCCAGCAUAAUUCGGGCGGAAGAUAUCAAGAUGGAAAAUCCCCGUGAGAUGGCGAAGAAGAUUGCUGAAGCCGUCCGUCAACAUGACACAAGCCAGGAGGAGGAGGAGGCGAAAGGAAGAUCAAAGCAACAGG